AGGAAGAAGCAUCACAGGGAGAGCAGGAGGCAGAAGGAGGAGCAGCAGAGGCAAGAGCAAAAAGUGCAGCAAAGACAAGAGGAGCAGCAGAGGGAGGAACAAGAGGAGGAGCAAAAGGAGAAACAGGAGGAGCAGCAGAAGGAGGAGAUCGACCGUCACCAUGACGACAAGAUGAGGAGAGCUGAGCUCAGGGAGGAGGAGGUGAAGAUGGGGGAGGAGACACAGAAGGACGGAGAGAUGGAGGCACUCUGUGAGAGAACUGAGAGAUUAGAAAGAUCAAAAGAGGAGAGGGAGGAG